CAGUGACAAACACAAAGUAGAGUAGAAAGGAGAGGAGAAGAAAAGAGAGAGGAAAGCAGAGGUGUUUAAUGUGGUACCACCAUGCUCUAACUGCUGACCCAUGAGUAAACGCCUGGAUGUGAAAAAGCUUCACCCAUCUGCUCUCACCUCCACUCUCUGCUGACCUGUGUCCAAUGGCAAAGCAUGAUCUGAACGAGCCCCCUCCUCCUUACUACUCUGUUGCCGUGACCACCCUGCCCCCGUCCUAUGAGGAGGUGGUGUAUGGCGUGGGUCCAGGCCUGACACCUCCCGCCCAUCCGUAUUACAUCCCCCGGUAUCCAUCACCUGUGGUUGUUCCCCAAGUCACACAGUCAAGCAUAUCCCCAAGCAGUAAGAGGAGGAGAUGCUGCGAGAGUAAUGCCCGGUGUUACGGAGGGUCAGGGGGAACCUUACUGGUGCUUGGUCUGCUGGCACUGGCCAUCUGGCUUGGAGUUCGUUAUGGCACCCGGUUGGCAACAGUAGCGUUCCUCUACGAUGACGACGAUGAUCACAGAUAUGAAAAUGCACCCUUGCCAAAGUAUGACACCUGCCCCAACAACACUGUCCAAUGUGAUGCGAUAAGAGACUGCCAACUGGGCACUGACGAAACAAACUGUGUGAGGUUUGGCGAGAAUGGCAGUCUGCAGGUCAGGUCAUCUCAAGCUGACCGCUUCCUACCAGUGUGCUACAGAGGCUGGGACCAGAGCUAUGCCGACCAGACCUGCACUCAGCUAGGAUUCAGAAAGUCCUAUGUCACCAAAGCCAUUAAAUCCCAGGAGUCCACUGGUUUAGCAUUGACCAGCAGAUCAUCUUCGCCUAUCCAGGGUCUGGUAAAAGUCAGUGCUUCCUGUCCAGACCAGGAGAUUGUCUCCCUGCAGUGUAUGGACUGCGGUCGGCAGCAGUCUACAUCCCGGAUCAUUGGGGGCAGCAUAUCUAAGAUGGGUCAGUGGCCUUGGCAGUUGUCGCUCCACUUCAGAGGAUCCCACGUCUGCGGAGGAGUCCUGAUCUCUCCUGACUUUGUGCUGACUGCUGCCCACUGCUUCCCAAGAAGCAACUCCUUAGCUCUCUUGGCAGACAACUGGAAAGUGUAUGGUGGAGUGGUAUCUCUGGACAGACUACCUCAGCCCUACCUAGUUAAGAAUAUCCAACUGAAUGAGAAUUACAACAGCAAAACUAAUGACCAAGACGUUGCUCUGCUCCAACUUACAUCACCACUUCUUUCCAAUGAUAAAGUUCAGCCAGCUUGUCUGCCAGCUUUUGACCAGCAAUUUUCCCAAGGAACCAAAUGCUGGACCUCAGGUUUUGGCACCACUGGGGCAGGAUCAGGCACUGUCUCCAGGAAUCUGAUGGAAGUGACUGUGGACAUCAUUAGUGCACAAGUGUGUAACAGCCCUAGUGUGUAUGAUGGCGCUGUGACCAAGAACAUGAUCUGUGCUGGGGACCUGCAAGGAGGCAAAGACUCCUGUCAGGGUGACAGUGGUGGACCUCUGGUGUGUCAGGCAGAGAGCCGUUGGUACCUGGUGGGGAUCACCAGCUGGGGAGCCGGCUGUGGUGAAAGAAACAAGCCUGGCGUUUACACCAAAGUCAGUAGUGUUCUGCCCUGGAUCUAUAGCAACAUGCAGCAAAGGAGGCAGUGAUGUCCCUUUGUCUCCUGCUGGUGGACUACUUUCCCCCCUUACCCAAUGAACCCUGCACUACGAAGUCGUCUCAGAGAUAUGGAUGGAUUUACACGUAGAAGAAUAAAUUGAUGAGGAGAUACUGCAGACGGAUGAAAGGUUGCACGCUGGUUUUAGGGAGUAGCAGUACGACAAAAUGCACAAUUUGAACACAGGACUUCUGUCUUGGUGUUCUGCAUCAUCUAUAUUCAUCCUCUGUCAUACAACUGUUAUGUGUAUUACCUGAACCCGAUUAUUGAUACACACUAAUCGACGCACUGACUCAAGUCUUGCAUUCUUGAUUGUAUUCCUCUGUCCCUGUGUCUCAGCCAUAAGUCAAACAUAAUUAUAUGUUUGCCUACAUGUUAAGCAAGCUUUAAAGAUGGCUCUCUCUCUUUGUACAUGUUCUGUGCCAAUGAAACACAGUCCAUUCCACUGUGAUCUCCUUAAUUGGUUAGAAAAAGAUACUCUUUUAAAAUUAAUAAUGAUUGUCCAGGUGUGUUUUUUCUCAGGGACACAUCUCAGGCUUUUCAAUGUAGACUAUAAUUUACCAUAUUAUAAAUAAAAAUGGACAUUGUUGACAUGUUCACUUUGUGAAGAAAGAAA